CAUCUUUCAACACACAAAAACAUCCCCUCCCCAACAUCAAACCACCGCCAUGUCAUCACUCUCUCCACUCCCCGCCGCCACCGGAGCCGCCACCGCCGCCUUCCUCCGCCCUUCCCUCCUCCCGCCGAAAAAAUCCGCCUCCCAACUCUCCGCAUACAAAUCCCGAAAACCCUACUCCCCUCACUUCGCAAGAAUCUCAUGCAAAACUUCCUCGUCCGACAAAGAACCAAACAAUAAUGACCAAACCGGCCCCACCACGAGGCGUGACAUCCUCAUCGGAAUGGGCAGCCUAUACGGCGCCGCAUCGUCCCUCUCCGACCCGACCGCUUUGGCCAACCCGCUCCAGCCCCCGGACCUCUCCAAGUGCCACCCCGCUAUCAAGGGCGACGCCGGCGACACCGCGGACUGCUGCCCGCCCUUCUCCGACCAAAUCGAAUUCAAAUUGCCGUCACCCAAGGAACCCAUGCGCAUCCGACCCGCCGCCCAUCUUGUCGACAAGGCCUACAUCGACAAGUACGAGAAAGCCAUCAGCCUCAUGAAGGCCCUCCCCGACGACGACCCGCGGAGCUUCAAGAAUCAGGCCAACGUCCACUGCGCCUACUGCAACGGCGCCUACGACCAGGUCGGCAUAACCCCGUCCGUCGCCCUCCAAAUCCACUUCUCCUGGAUAUUCUUCCCGUUCCAUAGGUACUACCUCUACUUCUUCGAGCGGAUCUUGGGGAAGCUGAUCGACGACCCGACUUUCGCGCUGCCGUUCUGGAACUGGGAUUCUCCGGACGGGAUGCAGAUCCCGGCGAUUUUCGCCGACCCGGCGUCGCCGCUGUACGACGCGAUCAGGGCCCCGGACCAUUUACCCGGGGGAAGUUCUCCGCUGGUGGAUUUGGAUUGGAGUAGAUCGGCCGCGAGCUUGACGCCGGAGGCCCAGUGGCAGAGCAACCGGGACGUGAUGCACACGCAGAUGCGCGUGAUGCACACGCAGAUGGUGAGCGGGGCGAAGAAGAGGACUCUGUUUUUUGGGACGCCGUUGAAGGCCGGAGAUGCGGCGGCGAAUACGGGCCAAGGGUCCAUUGAGCGGAGCCCACAUAUGAAUAUUCAUAUCUGGACCGGGGACCCGAAGCAGGCCCAUACGGAGGAUAUGGGGAAUUUCUACUCCGCGGGCCGGGACCCGAUUUUCUACUGCCAUCAUGCCAACGUGGACAGGAUGUGGGACCUGUGGAAGACGCUGGGCCCCAGGAGGACGGAUUUUACGGAUCCUGAUUGGCUGGAGGCGGCUUUCGUGUUCUACGACGAGGACAAGAAUUUGGUGAGGUGUAAAGUUAAGGACUGUCUUGACUCCAGGAAGCUCAACUAUGACUAUCAAAAGGUUCCGCUUCCAUGGCUCGAUACCAAGAGGACGCCAAAGGCAAAAAAGAAAACCUUGGCUAAUGCUUUCGCCACGGAAAAAUUCGCGAAUGCUGCUCCACCGAAGAAGCGGGAGCUGACGCCCCUCUCGGCGUUCCCGUUGGUGCUUAACAAGGCGAUAAGUGUGGUGGUGCCGAGGGGGAAGAGGUCAAGGACCGUGGUGGAGAAGGAAGAGGAGGAAGAAAUUCUGGUGGUGGAAGGGAUCGAGUUCGAUAGAGGGAAUGUCGUGAAGUUUGAUGUGGCUUUGAACGACGAAGAUGAUACUGGGGUCCCUGCUGGGCCCCAGGACACUGAAUUCGCGGGGACGUUUGUCAACGUCCCUCACAGAGAGAAGCAAGGGGCCCCGAGUUUUAAGGCGGUGCUGAGGCUAGGGAUAACGGAUUUGCUGGAAGAUCUGGGUGCUGACGAUGAUGACACGGUGGUGGUGACUUUGGUGCCGAAGGUCGGCGAGGUUAAGAUUGGUGGAUUGAAGAUCGAUUACAUCACUGAUUAAUUGAUGAUUCAAGGUUGUCUAUGGCUCAAAGAACUACAUGGGGUUUUGUGUAAUGUCCCUAUAGACAUGUUUGUGUAAUGUCCCUAUGGUUGCUGAUUCUUUACUUCUAUGUGAUUUUGAGAAUUACUGUCAUUGUGUUAGAAAUGAUAAGU